UCAAGACUUUACCCACAAAAGCCUCCCUCCCCUCACAAAGUCCAAUUUCCUCCACUGGCCAGCAACUAAUAACCAACCAGGCCCCUGAAAAAACAUAUUUCUUACAGUUCAGUCCCUCCGCCGCCGCUGGCUCGCUUCUCCGGCCACCGCGCACCGAUCAACCUUGGCCUGACCAACCUCCCCACCGGCGGCGGCGGCGGCGGCAUGGGGUUCUCUCUGCACCCCAUGAAGAUGUCCACGCGCUUGCUGUGGAGCACCAGCUUCUUCCGCCACAAGUUCCCGGCCGCCGCCGCCGCCGCCGCCAUCGCCGCCGCUUUCUAGCUCAGCUCCGGCUCGCCGGCCGGUGCCCGUCUGCCUCCGUGUUUCGAGAGGAGGCGGACGAGCUUAUAGCUAAUAUACGUAGAGAGAUUAUAUAUAUAUAUAUAUAUUUACAGUUUGACAACGAGGUGGAGUAGAGAGGUGUGUACAUGUGCAGCAUGGACGACUACUCCGGCCGCCUCGUGUUCAGCUCCGCCGGCGCCGCGCCGCCGUGCAGCGCCGCCGGCGCGGGAGGCGGGCAGAUGCUGCUCUUUGGCGGCCAUGGCGGCUUCGUCGGAGGCUCACCGGUGAUGGAGGAGGCCGAGCUGCGGCGGCGGCGGCGGAAGAGGCCGUUCCUGACGACGACGCACGACGAGCUGGAGCUCCAGAUGGAGGACCUCGUCGACGAGCUGUACGGCGUCGACGAGCAGGGGUCGUCGUCAGCGGCGGCGAGGAAGCGGCGGCUGACAGCGGAGCAGGUGCGAGCGCUGGAGCGGAGCUUCGAGGAGGAGAAGCGGAAGCUGGAGCCGGAGCGGAAGAGCGAGCUGGCGCGGCGUCUCGGGAUCGCGCCGCGGCAGGUGGCCGUGUGGUUCCAGAACCGCCGCGCGAGGUGGAAGACGAAGCAGCUCGAGCUCGACUUCGACCGCCUCCGGGCCGCCCACGACGAGCUCCUCGCCGGCCGCACCGCGCUCGCCGCCGACAACGAGAGCCUCCGAUCUCAGGUGAUCCUAUUAACCGAGAAGCUGCAAGCUAAUGGGAAGUCACCGUCACCGUCGCCGGCGCCGGCGGAGCAAACCGCCGUGCCAGCCGCACCUGAAAGCGCCAAGUCGUUUCAGCUCGAAGAAGGUCGCCGCCUCUACGACGCCGCCGGGAGCACCACCACCACCAACGGCGGCGGCGGCGGCGUCGCGAUGCCGGCGGCGCGCGUGGCGGCGGCAAGAGCGGCCAGCAACGACAGCCCCGAGUCCUACUUCGCCGGCGCUCGCUCGCCGCCCUCGUCGUCGGAGGACGACUGCGGCGGCGCCGGCAGCGACGACGACUACCCCUCUUCCUCCGUCUUACUCCCGGUCGACGCUACGCUCGUCGGCGACGCCUUCGAGCACGCCGUGGCGGCGACGGUGGCGGCGGAUGAGGAGGCGCCGCUAAACAGCUGGGAGUGGUUCUGGAAUUGAUCGAGUGAUAUCUCUGGCUGGGAUUUUCUAUGUUUAUAUUCCUUUUUUAUUCCUUUUUUAUAUUCCUUUUAUAUUCCUUUUUUAUGCUUGGUUACUAGCAAUAUGAUGCUAAUGUAUAAAUUAAGCAGAUUAAAAAUUAUAAGGACGGACUUUUUUUUACGAUUUUUAGGGUGUAAUCGAAUGCAAUAUGGAAGGAAGAUCACAAUGUUUAUGGACAUGUUUUUGCCUUGGAAUAA